CCGCGGUAAUGGAGGCUGAGGAUGGGUGCUGACGGGGCUGGCCUCUAGUUGUAGCUUUUGCUUUGGCUCUGGUAUUGACUCGGGGUCUCAGUCUGGCAUCCUGAAUCCUGGACACCUUUCUUGACUUUCCAGGAAGGGACAGCCUGCAGACAAGCAGCUCGUUUGGGGCACUCAACGCGGGGUGUGAGUUUUAUUACUUGGGGUCCAGCCUGUAAAGCCGCCGCCUCCUCCCAGGGAUCCCGCCCCACUGGCCGGGACCUCCUCCAUGCAGUUGAAAGAUUGACAACCAUUAACUUGGGUUGCAACCACAGGUGACACUGGAAGCACACUGGUUCCCGGACAUGCCCGGUGGAAGGAGGGGCCCCAGUCGGCAGCAGCUAAGACGUUCAGCUUUGCCAUCUUUACAGACGUUGGUUGGUGGAGGCUGUGGCAAUGGAACAGGCUUGAGAAACAGGAAUGGUAGUGCAAUUGGCCUUCCGGUCCCACCUAUCACAGCAUCAAUCACACCAGGUCCUGUUCGUCAUUGCCAAAUUCCCGACUUGCCUGUCGAUGGGAGUCUGCUCUUUGAAUUUCUUUUUUUUAUCUACCUGUUGGUUGCUCUGUUCAUUCAGUACAUCAACAUUUAUAAAACGGUGUGGUGGUAUCCUUACAACCAUCCUGCUUCUUGUACUUCACUGAACUUCCAUCUCAUUGAUUAUCACCUGGCUGCAUUCAUCACAGUGAUGCUUGCAAGGAGGCUUGUAUGGGCCCUUAUCUCAGAGGCCACUAAGGUGGGUGCAGCAUCUAUGAUUCACUACAUGGUCCUGAUAUCAGCUCGCUUGGUGCUACUCACAUUGUGUGGAUGGGUGCUCUGUUGGACCCUUGUCAGUCUCUUUCGCAGCCAUUCAGUCCUCAAUCUCCUUUUCCUUGGCUACCCGUUUGGUGUUUAUGUUCCUCUUUGCUGUUUCCACCAAGAUAGUAGAGCUCAUCUUCUUCUCACGGACUAUAACUAUGUGGUUCAGCACCAGGCGGUAGAGGAAAGUGCCUCGAGUGUGGGUGGCUUACCGAAAUCCAAAGACUUCCUCCUCUUACUGCUGGAGACCCUAAAAGAACAAUUUAAUAAUGCCACGCCCAUCCCCACCCACAGCUGUCCGCUCUCUCCAGACCUCAUUCGCAAUGAAGUAGAAUGUCUGAAAGCAGAUUUCAAUCACAGAAUCAAGGAAGUUCUCUUCAACUCUCUCUUCAGUGCCUACUAUGUUGCGUUUCUUCCCCUGUGUUUCGUGAAGAGUACCCAGUACUACGACAUGCGCUGGUCAUGUGAGCACCUCAUUAUGGUGUGGAUCAAUGCCUUCGUGAUGCUUACCACACAGCUGCUGCCAUCCAAAUACUGUGAUUUGCUGCAUAAAUCAGCUGCUCACCUGGGCAAGUGGCAGAAGCUCAAACAUGGGUCCUACAGCAAUGCUCCACAGCACAUUUGGUCAGAAAAUACAAUAUGGCCUCAGGGGGUGUUGGUGCGGCACAGCAGAUGUUUAUACAGAGCCAUGGGACCUUACAACGUGGCAGUGCCUUCAGAUGUCUCCCAUGCCCGUUUUUAUUUUCUCUUUCAUCGUCCAUUAAGGCUGUUAAACCUGCUUAUCCUUAUUGAGGGCAGUGUUGUCUUCUACCAGCUGUAUUCCUUGUUGCGGUCGGAGAAGUGGAACCACACCCUGUCCAUGGCUCUCAUCCUCUUCUGCAACUACUAUGUUUUAUUUAAGCUCCUCCGGGACAGAAUAGUGUUAGGCAGAGCAUACUCCUACCCACUCAACAAUUAUGAACUGAAGGCAAACUAAGCUGCCUCUCAACAAUGAGGGAAAACCCAGAUAAAAAUAUUUUCGUACGUUCUAUUUUUUUCUUGCAAUUUUUAUAAAUAUUUAAGAUAUUUUAUAUUUUGUAUACUAUUAUGUUUUGAAAGUUGGGAAGGGUAAAGGAUAUUAAAUGUAUCCAUAAACAAGGUGAUGUGAUCUUUCAUGUGUUAGUAUAUUUGAAUGAUACACAUAUGAGAUGAAUGCCUCUCCAGUAAAGAGAUUGAUUUGU